AUGAAGUUCACUCAACUUUCCCCUUAUGCUACGGAGAUUAUUGCUAAAAUAUGGAGCAGGAUGAGUCUGUUUGUUUUUGGAUUAUCUUGUUUGUCAAGCAAAGAGGGUAAGGCUGCGAUGUUGAUAGGGGACAUGGACAUACAAAGGCUGAUGAUCUAUGUGCAACAGGUUGAAGAAGAUAAGCAAGAGAUAGGAAAGAGUUUUGGAACAAGAAGGCUAAGACAACAGGAAAUGAGUCCGGGUAGCAGAAAUGUAAUGCAGACCGGUCAUCCUUUCAACAUAAGCCAAAUGGACCUACUCUAUCAUUUGCUAGUGCACCUGCACAAAAAAAUAGAGAACGAUCACUUCAUGAGCAAGUUUUCGAAGAACAUGCAGGGAAAUGGUAAUGGGGGCAAUAGAGCCCAAUCUUCUUCAGUGGAUCCGCCAGCCAGAGCUGUACCUAGAGGAGCUACUUAA